AUGCUGUUAUUGGAUAGCUGAUGCCAUUUAUUCAUCUCGUUAGUUAGCCUAGUCAGCUACCUGCCAACAUAGGCGGAAAACAACCACAUCAACCCGUUGUUUAGCUAAAUAACAUUAACGUUACAACAACGACGAAGUGGCUUUUAACAGCUAGUUAACUAACCAAUAUUUUUGAUGUUCUCUUGGAUAGCUAGCUAACGUUAACGAAUUCCAAUGUUGUUCGGUAACUUGCCUAUCUACGACUGCUAGCUGUUCGCUACAUUUACUUGCUAGCUAACGUUAGCUUUAAUACCAAAUAUGUAUUUAUAAAUAAACCAAGAUAGACCACAGCCAGUCGUUAAAAACGGGAAGAAAUUAGUCAUAGUGGACAGAACAAUAAAGGAGUUGGGCAGAGUCAAGCACGAGCUUGAGAUCCUAUUGGCGCGUUCUAGCAGACAUUUGCAUAUUUCCGUUAGGGAACGCCUACUCUGAAGUACGCGAAUGCAAUAACGCAAUUCGCCUUUGCACUUCUCAGCAACGUAAUUGUUUUUUUACUUUAGCAAAGGGUAAAGUUUACACAAUGUAACAUUAUAGUUUUGGCAACAGAAAACUAUUGAGAUCAAAGGUUUCAUCAAUGAAAUUCUUUUCAGAAUUUGGGCCAAAAUCCAUCUUGUUCCUUCUAUCACUGCUGGCCACUAGGCUUCCUCUCACCACCAAAUUUGGUAGUAAGUGGAACCGCCAAGCGGACGCUUCACAUCUAUACAUCCGGUGUUAUAUCUUGUUCGUUGUUCUGUGUUAAUACUAGCUAGCUAACGUUAGCGAGAAAAAUACAUUUCAAUGGUCCGUAGUUAUGUUGUUGUAGAUAUUUUGCUGUCUUAGCUAGAUAACGUUAGCUAAAACAAUGCAUUUCCCAGUGGUGGAAAAAGUACUCAAUUGUCAUACUUGAGUAAAAGUAAAGAUAACUUAAUAGAAAAUGACUCAAGUAAAAGUGAAAUUCAACCAGUAAAAUACAACUUGAGUAGAAGUCUAAAAGUAUUUGGUUUUACAUAUACUUAAGUCAAAAUUAAAAGUAUAAAUAAUUUCCUUAUAUUAAGCAAACCAGACGGCACAAUUAUUUUUUUUAAUUUACGGAAAGCCAGGGGCACACUAACACUCAGACAUAAUUUAGAAACAAAGCAUUUGUGUUUAGUGAGUCUGCCAGAUCAUAGGCAGUAGGGAUGACCAGGGAUGUUCUCUGGAUAAGUGUGUGAAUUGGACCAUUUCCUGUCCUACUAUUCAUUCAAAAUGUUUAGAGUACUUUUGGGUGUCAAGGAAAAUGUAUGGAGUAAAAAGUAGAAUACAAUUAUUUACGAAUGUAGUGAAUUUGCCUAGUUAAAUAAAGGUAACAAAAGUAAAAGUUGUCAAUAUAAAUAGUAAAGUACAGAUACCCCCAAAAACGACUUGAGUAGUACUUGAAAUAAGUUUUAAUUAAGUACAUUACACCACUGGCAUUUCCUUUUUUCUCGCUGUGAAAUGCCCGAAAUGCCCCAUUUCAACAACACCAGCUAAGAACUUGUAGCCUCAUAAGACAAAUUGACUGUCCCUCUUCUGUUCCCAUGCGUUUGGCAAUCUGAUUCGUGGAUGGAUGUGGCCCCCAUCAACUGGAUGAAUGUGGCCCCCAUGUAACGGAUGUGAAAUGGCUAGCUAGUUAGCGGGUAUGCGCUAAUAGCAUUUCAAUCGGUUACGUCACUUGCUCGAUGCUGCGUGGGCGACCGUUGUUGAUGUGUGCAGAAGGUCCCUGGUUCGCGCCCGGGUAUGGGCGAGGGGACGGUUUAAAGUUAUACUGUUACAUUGAUGCUGUUGACCCGGAUCACUGGUUGCUGCGGAAAAGGAGGAGGUUGAAAGGGGGGUCAGUGAGUCCAGAUGCAUGAGUCUGGGUCAGAACAGACAGCCUGCACCAGUCCAGCCAAUCAGACGGAGAAUGGGGACAGUGCUGAGAAGGAUGAUUGUCUGAGUGCUCAGCCACUAACUCCAGAGGGUUCUGGGGCUGACAGCCAGCAGCAAAACCAGGUUCCAGUCUCAGUUUCUAUGAUGACCCCUCCGGUGGAGACUCCUCAGCAGACACUAAAGCAGCAGCAGGUCCUCAAUCCACAGCAGAUCCAGGCCCUGCUCCAGCAGCAGAAAGCACUCAUGUUACACCAGCAACACAUACAGGAUCUCUGCCAGAAACAGCAGGACCAGUUCAAUGCCCAGCUCCUACAGCAGAAGCAUGCUGAGAAGUCAGGCCAAGAGCAGCUAGCUGCUCAGCACAUGGCCAUCCAGCAGCAGCUCCUGCAGGUCCAACAGCAGCACCUCCUUAGCCUCCAGAGACAGGGUCUCCUGUCUGUCCUGCCCUCCAUGAGCCCCUCUGCAGCUCAGGGUUUAAUGAAAGGGUGUGAGAAUGGUACCCGCCUGCUCUCUGGUGGUGAGAAUCCAGCCACUCUUCAGAAGAACCUGCUCCACAGUCAGCAGUCUAGCACCAAUGGGAAUCAUUCAUCACAGAUCCUAAAGAAGAAAGACAGUGGGCCUGUGGAUAAUCACACACAAAACACUCACCCGCUCUAUGGACACGGCAUGUGCAAAUGGUCUGGCUGUGAGGCUGUCUUUGGAGACUUUCAAGUUUUUCUCAAGCAUCUGAACAGUGAACAUACACUGGAUGACAAGAGUACAGCACAGUGUCGAGUGCAGAUGCAGGUUGUUCAGCAGCUAGAACUGCAGUUGAAAAAAGACAAAGAGCGUCUGCAAGCCAUGAUGUCUCACCUCAAAUCCUCUGAGCAAAAGUCCAAACCAGCAACCCCAACGGGGAAUCUUGUGCCCAAUGUCUCCUUCUCCCAGGUGACGUUUCCCAAGGUGCUUCCUUCCAUGAGCUUGUCUCAAAGUGCCACUGCUCCUUCUACACCCCUGACACCACCCCCAACCACCUCCUCUAUCCUCCCUCCCCACACCCUGCUCACUGUGAGCUCUGGAAGGAGAUGGUACUCAGACAGCAAGACCAUGAAAUACAGCAAGACCAUGAAUCAAGAUAUUGUUCAGAAUAAAGAAGCUAGACCGCCAUUUACAUAUGCAGCCCUAAUAAGACAGGCAAUAUUUGAAUCGCCCUAUAAGCAGCUGACACUAAAUGAAAUCUACAAUUGGUUCACACGAACAUUUGCCUAUUUUAGACGCAACGCCGCAACAUGGAAGAAUGCAGUGAGACACAACCUCAGCCUCCACAAGUGUUUUGUGCGAGUGGAGAAUGUAAAAGGAGCUGUGUGGACAGUUGAUGAGAUGGAGUUCCAGAGGAGAAGGCCCCAGAAGCCUUCUGGUGAAGGGUCUCUCAAGAGGGAGAACACUGACCAUGGUCACAGCUCAGCUUUCCUUACUCCUAAGCAGGAGGAGAUGAAUGCAGCUCUCUGGUAUGGGAAUGGAUCCUACAGUGACAGCAGUGAAGAGCAGUACCCAAUGCACCCUCUCGUAAAAGAAGAGCUAAUGGACGAGGAGGCUUAUGAGAAUGUGCCCCAUGACUGUUCAGAGACUGAGAGCUCUGAUGAGCACAGCUCAGAUGUGGACCAAGACGGCGGUAGCCCAGAGAGACCCAACCUGCAGCUGGCUCAUGUGCCUUCGCAGUGAAAGAGGGACUGUUUUCAAACCUGUCACUCUCCACUGCAAGAGUUCCACAUUGGACAACUAUGAAAUAUACCAAAUUAAUAUAGAACUGCUUCAUAUCAAGUGGAAAAACACACAUUUUCUGUUGAGGAAAUAAAUUAGUAUUUUAUUUAUUGAGGAUAUUUUGUCCUCACUGUUGUACUGGGUUUUAUCCACCGGAGCUCACGUUGAAGACAAGAGCUGAUGGCGGAAGCUUUGUAACACCCCUUGUCCUCAAAUAAUGCAUCCCUAUCGGCUUAUUGUGAGGCUGUGGGGAGCCCUAUGGGGAGCUCGCUCAGUGAUGCAGAGAUAUUUUAACAUUUUCUUUCAAGAAUGUGUAUAUCAAUAACCAAAGCAUUGGCAAUAUUUAUGGACAGCACUUCAUGAAGAUGAAUCUUUGUUUUCUCCCUCUAAUUAAUUUUGACAUGAGAGUACCAGACAACCACCAGAUUGUAAUAAGCUGUUUUGUUUGACAUGAUAUCCUUGAGAAUUUGUUACUUUUAAAAGGGAGCUGUACACUGCCAAAAAUAUGAUUUAUGUGUAACUGAUCUGUUGGCAUAUUAUUAUUUAUGUAGCCUACUAAUCAUAUUUUUUUUUUCCACUAUCCCAAACAUGGCUUUUUGGACUUAAUUUAGUGUUGUAUCAUACAUUCCCAUAGUUGUGCACUAAAUGCUGUCUCUAAUACAUUCCGUAUAAAAAGUGUGUGGCGAA